UUUCACAGAACAUAACUCAUAACAUAUUUAUUUGCAUAUUAUUAAAUAUCAAUUCGAAUUCGAUAUCGAUACUACUUGCUAUCGAGAAACCAAGUACAAACGACACUUAUAUAGCAUGAACUGAGACAACCAAACACCCGCAUCAACUAUAGUAUCAUAGAACUUGUGUUUUUUUUUUAUAAACCAAGCAGGCGGUACUGAGGUGUGCUGGUAAAUUUGUUCUGCAAAAUUGGUGGUGUGAGGUAAGUUAAGGUCGAAUGCAAUGAUGUUUAUAUAAGUUGAUUUUAUCUCAUGUUUCAGACGGUCACUUAGGUGAAACUAAAUAAGGAGUAGGGGAUAUAGUGAAAAUGGUCGCUGUCCAAAAACCAUCGAAAACUUAAAAUUCGAUAUUGCUGUGCUGCAGUAACAACAGAAAAAUUACGACGGCUGCGAUUGGAACUUUAGCAGACACAGCAAAAUGUAUCCUGUAAUGUCUUAUCGGUCGAAAAAUUACCCUAAAAACGUACCUUUAAACCAGCAGUUUCGUUACAAUACGAACAAUACAUAGAAACAAAUUAAACAGUCAAUGGAGCAUAAAGUACGGUAGUAUAGUGAUCUAACCAAGCUAGCACAAGCUUAUGAGAAACAAAAAUAUUGUUUAAUGACAAAAAUUUACACCGAUCAAACCUUUAUUGCUACUGCCACCUCAUCGUUGCCUGUUAUCCAGCUACCAACACUUCCCGGACAAAACACGAUCCAGAAUCUGUUGGAAAUGAACCAGCAGGUCGACAGUGCCGAUUUGGAGACGGUUACGAAAGAGGAUACACCACAAUCAUCAUCUAAUCGAAUGUCGGACUCGAAUGCAAAGGUACUGUAUGCUGCACCUGUUCAGAUGGUCCUGCAUGAGGUAAAUCCGGAUGCGAUGCCAAUCGAGCUUCUAGUUUCCCCUAGUAACGGCUUUUUUUCAAGUCUAUAAGUAUUACAAACUUAAGAAAAAUAGGUUUCAAUGUCGUGUUACGGUUUGUGUAAUUAGUCUCGUGAUUGAUACGGAUACAAGACCCAGAUCCUUUGGCCGUUCUUCCAGGUUUAUAAAACUGUAUUAAAAUUUAUAGUGAUGUGUAGAAUCUGUAUUUGAAGUGAUGUGUAGAAUCGAAACUA